AUGUACGAAAGAGAUACACAUGCAAAAGUGCCAACAAAUUGUGAUGAAGAAAAAAAGAAAAAAUCCUUGCAUAAAAAUGAAAAAGGUAGAGAUCUCCCUUACUGUGUCAAUUAUGAUAUUUUGGUGAAGUGUUGCAAUGAAAAAAAAAAUUAUGUAGACCUGAACUUGGAAAUUAAUUAUAAUUUAGAAGAAAUAUUAGCGCAUAAAGACAACAUAAAAAGGUGCUUAUACGUGAAUAAUUCAAAAAAUAAGAAUCAUCAACAAAGAAACAAAACAAAUAAUGAUCACUUAAAAAAUAGGAAGCAUUAUUACUAUAACGAUGGGUACCACUCUGUGCACGCAACGGAUGAUAUCCCACCUUUUGUUCAUGAUUCUGUUCAUGAUUCAAUGAAUGUAAGAAAAAAUGAAAGUAUCCAAAUGGGUGGAGAAGAAGAAAAAUAUUUUUAUCCAAAAAACAAUUACAGUGAUGUAGGAAAUACAUCAUCCGAUUCAAGUAAUAGUUAUUGUUCAAAUGUUUCUACAAAUGCGUCAAAAAAUGAAAAGACGAGUUAUAUGAACUUUUCCCAAAGAAUUACAUAUGAUAAUAACAUUUUGGAAAAUGAGCAAAAUUUAUUUCAUAAAAUUAUAUCUCCUAGGGGAAUCAGUGAACAGAGUAAAAAGGAAAAAGAAAAUUUUUCCUUUGACCAUUGGUGCGCGAACACUCCUGCUGCAUCCAAUACACCUGACUCUUAUAUUAGGAUCUCCAAUGAUGAACAAAAUUGUGAACGAAGCACAGGAUACAGGGAAAAAGGUGAUUCUCCUUGUUACUUGAGAGAGAAAUCACAAAUUAGGUUCCCCUUAAGCACCCCUGAUGAAUCUACCUUUACGAGUUUGAAAUUUCAUAAAAUCGAUAGAAGCAUUAGUUACAAAAAAACAGAAGAUGAAAUACUAAAUAAAUACGAAAAAAUAAUUAAAAUUAUGAAGUAUUUAAGACGAAUAAAAACCAAGUAUCCAAAAAUCGAAACAGCAGUCUCAAUUCUGUCUAAUCAUAUUAAAAAUGUUACUUUCAAUUGUGAAAAAAUGUUUGAUUCUAGACAAGGGUUAAAUGAUUUCCUAAAAAAAAUUUACAUUUAUCAGAUAUACCUCCUCAAAAAAGUUAUUUUUAAAAAUCCAAAGGGUAAAACGAAUUUAGACUCGAUCGAAUGCAGUUAUGAAAAAAUGUCGACUCGUAAAGAGCAGUUGGGUACGAGGGAUCACCAACACUUAAGACAGUAUUCAGCAGUUCCCAAUGGCUACAAUAUAGUACCCCAGUUUAUGAUUCAGCAGUUAGGGACAAAUAAACCCGUGAAUAUACCAAAGAAUGCGCACACUGAAAAUAUAAAUGAUGAAGAUUAUUUUCAUUUUAAGAAAAAAGAAAAAUGUGAUGAAUGGAAAUAUAAAAAACUAGACAAAGUUAUGCAAAGAGUGGUAACUGAGAAAAAUAAAAUGAAAAUGCGCCACAGUCUUAGUGAAGAAGAAAUCACAAAAGAUGAUAAAUUCAAUAAUGAAAAAAGAAAAAAUAAGUAUAAAUAUAGAGACAAUAAAAUAUAUAAAGAACAUGAAAAACAGACACUUGACGAAUAUAUGGCAGAAAGUAAAAAGAGUUUAACGCACAAAUUCACCAAUCUAUACGCAGAUGAUACAGACAAAACUUCUGCCUAUUAUUCCAAUUUGAAAGAUAAAUAUAAGGAAGCUCUAAAAAAUCACAUGCACUCAUGUAGUGAAAAUGUCCAUGGGAAAAAAAAAAAAAAAAAAAACAAUAAAAAAAAAGAACAUAUUAUACAUGAUGAUACUUUGCAUAGCAUAAAUUAUUAUCAGAAAAGUGAAAAUUUUGCAAAAUCAAAUGAAAUAGAUAUUCUACCUGAAAAUCAUAUCUUACGACAAAAGCCAAAUAAAGUGCCACAUUAUUUGGGUAAUAAACGAAGCACGUCAUUUGAUAUAAAUUCGAAUGAAUAUGAAUCAAAAAAGGCAAAUGCAGAAGAAUUUCAUAGGAACUUCCCUAGAUAUAAUACACGAAAUGUUAUCUGCAAGGGGAGGAGUAACUUAAGCGACGUUUUAAAAAACAACUACCUAAAUGUCGUCCAUGUGCAGAAGGAAUGUAGGGAAAAACAUGGAAAAAAAUGUCUAGAAGAAUAUGAGUCAACUGGUGAUCCAAAGGAUGAAUCUCCAAAUGGACUAAAUUUACAUACGCUUAAUUUAGCAAGUGAUAAUAUGUCGAUCCGAAGAAACUUAUCAAAAGAUGAAUAUUGUAGAAUCCGCUUUGUGGACAAAGAGAAGAAUAAUAAAAAAACACAUGUGUUGUUUUAUGAUAUAAAUAAAGAGCUAAGUGCAAUUUCGAAUCGGGAUUCCAUUACACACGCGCUAAAGCACGCCCUUCUAAAUAAGCCCCAGAGUUUCACGGUUCUGCAAAAUUUCUUAUUCAAAAUUGACGUCGAGAUGGUAGAGUAUAAAAACUUUAUCCUACUGCUAACUCGGAACAUAAAAAAGCCACAUUUGGAAGCCCUGUAUGGCUUAAAUGAUUUUUCGAUAUUUGAAAAGGUAUAUGGGAAGAAGGUAGCCCCCCGAUUUUUAGUAUCCAAGAAGGUUAAAACAUUUUACAAAUAUGAUAUGUUUUACAGAAGGUUUAAGGAACUUACAAAUGUAAGAGAUUUCAGCGGAAUAACUGAUGCAGUUGAGUUAAUUUAA